AGUGGUAUACGCAGAAAUGUCAAAUGCCUUCGUUUUGGGGUGACCUGAUGCGUUAAUUUGAAUAUCCAUACAGUUUACAUACUCUUGAACCGCUUACUGACAGCAGCAUUUUCGUAGCACGAAAUUUCUUUUUUAUUGAGGUUUCAUUGCUAACAAAAUAAUUGCUUAAUUUCCAUGCAACACCAAAAUCUAUUCGUAUAAAAUCAAUGAAAAUUCUGGAAAUGAAAUUCCAUGCCACACUUUGAACUGUGUGUUUGUUGGAAAGAUUGGUGAAAAAUUUUGUGUGUUUACAUAGCAGCAAUACAAUUAAGGUGAAUUGACGUUUCUCCGUUGCGUACUAUUUUGUCUUUCUGUUUUGAUUAAAAUGGCGUUUGAGAAAUGAAAAUAGUUUUGCAUGUGUAAUUUAUCCGACAUGGUUUGCUAUGACGAAGGAAGUGCACAAUGUAUCAUAUUAAAUAUGAUGCCUGGUGCUAUCACCAAGAGAAUCAUACUCAUGGUACGCCCGUCAAAUAAAGUGUCUACACUGUUCAACGAUAUAAAAAAUCAGAUGCAGGUCGACAAUUUUGAUAUUUCACUGCAAACAUCAUCGCCCGAAGAGGAAGAGAUUUUGAUCAGCGAAAAUGAGGAUAAAACGCUAUCGGAUAUAGGCAUAGAUUUUUCAUCAAAGAAACGUACAACGAUCAAAUUAGUGCCAAUUAACCAUUCGAUGCAUCGACGUUCGGCGAUCGUCAGCGAAGCCGAUUCAACGUUGCCAAGCUCAUUGGAUGAUGAAGAGUUGGCACUUGGUGCAUCAGCAAGUCCCGUCGAACCGACGAGCUCACCGAUACCACUGCCACUAUUCAGCGAAGAGCCAGUGACCCGAAAUCACAAUGAUUCGAUUUCUUUAUAUCCAUCCUCUUCCUCUCGUUUGUCAUCCGGCUAUGUUGGUUUAGUGAAUCAAGCAAUGACCUGUUACCUAAACAGUUUAUUGCAAGCAUUGUAUAUGACGCCAGAGUUCCGAAAUGCGUUGUACAAUUGGGAACAUGAUGGCUCAGACGCAGCCAAAAAUAUUCCAUAUCAAUUGCAACGACUUUUCGUAAAUCUGCAAACAUCAACGAAAAUGUCGGUCGAAACGACUGACUUAACGCGCAGUUUUGGUUGGGAUUCAACUGAAGCUUGGCAACAGCAUGAUAUACAAGAGUUGUGCCGUGUCAUGUUCGAUACUUUAGAGCAAAAAUUCAAGGAUACAGCCCAAGCCGAUUUUAUAAAUCGUUUGUACGAAGGAAGAAUGAUCGACUAUGUGAAAUGUUUGGAUUGUGGCACCGAAAAGUCACGUGAAGAUAAAUUCCUUGAUAUUCCGUUACCAGUUCGACCGUUUGGCAGUACGAUAGCGUACGAUAGCGUUGAAGAAGCACUGCGUGCCUUUGUCGAACCAGAAACACUCGAUGGCAACAAUCAGUAUCAUUGUGACAAAUGUAAUAAAAAGUGUAACGCUCACAAGGGAUUGAAAUUCUCCAAGUUCCCAUAUAUUUUAACGCUGCAUCUUAAACGCUUUGAUUUCGAUUACCAAACAUUUUUACGCAUUAAACUGAACGACAAAGUGACUUUUCCUCAAACGUUGAAUUUAAAUAGCUUUAUUAAAGAAUCUGAUGCAAACAACGUAUUCGCCCAUACGAAUAGUUCGUCAACACAUUGUGAUACAACGUCCUCAGAGCAUGGUAGUGUAGAAAGCGCUAUCAAAUGUGACGAUUGUAGUACAACCGAUUCUGGAUCCAUUUUAGAAGAGGAUGUUGCCUCAACCAAUACGUCGAAUGCAAAUCAUCGACCCGAUUUAGAAGCACCAGAUGAUGAUGAGGGCAUCGAUAUGACCAGCAGCAGUACAGAAUCCAAAUCGAUUUUGGGCAGCGAUCCCGGACCGUACAACUAUGAAUUGUUUUCAAUUAUGAUUCACUCAGGCAGCGCAUCAGGCGGUCACUAUUAUGCAUAUAUCAAAGAAUUUGAGAACGGUGAAUGGUUUUGCUUCAACGAUCAAAGUGUGUCUCCGAUCAGCAAAGAAGAUAUCGAAAAAUCGUACGGCGGUUCAUUGGGUGCAAGAACAUUUUAUUCAAGUGCAUAUAGCUCCAGUACGAAUGCGUACAUGUUGAUGUAUCGACAAAUUGAUCCCCGUAGAAAUGUGUCAGCCAUCAAACGAGAAGCGUUUCCAGAGCACAUAAAACAAUUGCAAAAUACAUUGAAGGAAGAACAUGAGAAGAAACAACGAUCAACCGAUUAUAAUCUCCAAAAAUACAAAGUCUAUUGGUUUGAUCAACGUACCCAGCAAAUGGCAAAUGUUCGUAUGUUUUUGGGUUCGGAUGCGACAUUGGAAGAGGCACUGGAAAGUGCACACAAACGUUUCAAGUUGCAAAAUAUUGUGCCGAUGUCACGUUGUCGCCUAGUGGCCUAUGAUAGCAACGAAGAGAAUGUUCUGUGCAGUUUUGAUGGCAAAGAAUCCGAACAAAUUCGCGAUCUGUUGAGCGAAUUGUCAUCAUCCGAACUGUUACUGGAGACUCGCGAUGAAGAUUCUAAAUUUGAAGUGUAUGUACCUGGUGAUAUUGAAACGAAAGUAUAUACCGUUGAGAUGUGCUCAGCCGAUAUCGAUGGGCCUUCCAAUGUUCGCAUACAUAAGAAUGCCACAGUAAGGAAGUACAAGGAGAAAUUGGCUCAAAGUUUGUCUGUACCAAUCGAUGAAAUUUUAUUGGCGGCUUUUAAAUAUUCAUCCACAGCUGCUCUCCUGGAUGUUGACACGUCAAUUCUAUCCGAUGAAGAUGUAAAUCACAAGUCAAAGAUAUUUCUCACAUCAAAGGCGCGCUCAACUGAUUCAAAGAAGUUUUUGAAAAUUGUUGAUCGAUCAAAUCAUAUUAUUUCGCUUUAUUUCACACUACCAAAAACUGACAAAGAAACGCUGGAGAAAUUAUCGAUUCCUUCUUACGAUCCAUCAGCAACGAAACUUUCACCGGGAAUUCAUAAUAAUUUAGCCAGUAGCCUAACAAUAAGUCGACCACAAUUGGGCGAUGUGGUUGAUGCUGUUAUGAAAUCUCCGCCAAUCGUUCAACUUGACUACAGAAGUGCAACGAACAGUGCGCAUAAUCAAAUGGAGCCGGAGAGCAAUAGCGAAGACAGUAGCUUAAGCGAUGGUGAUCGAACAUUGGUUGGCGAUGUAAGCCCGAUGCUAAGUGCCAGCAAUUCACCAGCAUGCUCCGACCAACAUUUAUCCAGCCCAGAAGAUCACACAAAAAUUAAUGGUGACGCUUAUGGUGAUGAUGAUACCGAUAUGCUUGAUGUAAAUCAGGCCGCGAAAAAAUACUAUUUCAAAGCCACUUACUACGAGGAGCCAAUCAUCGUCGAUAACAACGAAGAGCCGAUUCGUCGUACAUUAUCGGUUUUAGUUGACAGUCACAUCAAUGUGGCGAAUCUAAAGCGUGUUUUAGAGCCAUAUAUCAAAGUUCCUAUGGAAUACUUUAAAAUUUUCCGACACAAUUCAUCUCAGAACGAAAUCGAAUGUACGAGAUUAACCGAAGACCUGCGAUCGUUCAAUGACGGUGAACGUCUAACCAUUGAAUUGGGGCGAGCACUCCGUAGUGGCGAAUACAAAUGCAAAGUCUACUACAUGAAAUUGUCCGAGAUCAGUGAGACGAGCGAAACGCUUACAUUUUUAUGUGAUUGGAUUUUAUGUAAUGGUGCCAGUGUUGGCAAAACAAAGCGUGAGAUUUUGUCGCAAAUCGCUAGCAAUGAUCCACAAUACGAUAUCCCAUAUGAACGUUGUCGGUUGCGGAAAAAGAGCACGUAUGCCCCAAGCAAAAUCUUCUUGGACGACCAAGUGUUUGGCGAUGAUGUGAUUUUGUUAUCCAAUUAUGAGAUUAUUCUGCAAGAGUUGGAAGAGCCAAGCCAACAAGUUACAGACGAUAAAAGCCUAACAAUAUUCAUUCGCAGAUGGAAUCCGACACAAAUGAGUCUGGGGCCGUUCAAUGAAGUCACCGUUUAUGAAAAAGAUAACAUGAAAUCGGUUCUCUCGCAACAUUCUGGUAUCCCAGAAGAAAAUAUUGAAUUUGCCAAGGUACAAGGUACGUUCCCCCAUCAUAGUGUCAGCAUCCUAGAAAUUCACACAUCGCUUCUUUGGAAUUCAAAUCCAACCACAUUAAAUGAAUUCCCAUUGAGCAAUUCACAAGAUGGCAUCAUGUUCUUCUACAGAGAUAAAACCGAAGAGUUAAAACAAUUGACACCACAAGAACGACAAGAACUGAAAAACCAAGAUGCUCGUAAUGGCUACGGUGCAUCCAGUUCAUAUGAUCGAAUGAGUCGGCGACGCGAACGAGCUCUUAAAAUAUAUGUGGAUUCGUCACCAAAAAAACGAGACGAAUAGAACAAUUGAGAAAAAAAAAAUCAAAUAAAACUGUGCAUGUAGUUAGAGAUCACAAAAACAAAAAUAAACUCAUUUUUUUUCUGUAA